CGGUACCGCCUGAAGUACAGCCGGCUGCGGCGCGCGGCGCGGGCGCUGGUCUUCGAGAACGGGGCGCUGUGCGACGAGGUGGCCCGGCUGGAGGCCAAGUGGCUGCGGGCAAGAGAAGAACGAAGGUUCCUCCUCAUCAGGCUCCUCCAGCUUCGAGCUGUGGUGGGACCUGAGAAGAUCACCACCGGUGAGGUCAUCAACCGCCGGCCACGGCGCGUCCACAGCUUGGGUGUUGGUGGUGUAGGACCAGGAGCCAUCUUGCCUUUGGGCUACCGUAGCACCCGGUUCUUUGCCAGCACCCGGCGGCCAUCGCGCCGUUGUCUCUACACCUGUCGGAUCGUGACGGGUCCUCGUUGUGAGAUCGUAGCCGAGGAGGAUCAUGGGAAG